AUGGGACAGGACAGUGUAUUCAUCAUACCUUCUGAGUUUUUGAGAGGGCUGGAUGGCUUUAAGGAUGAGGACUGGGUCGACGCAGGCCCUCAAGUCUAUAAGGACCCAGAUAACGACGAAGCUCACUGGAUUACUGUCAUUAUUCCUCAGGAAAUGAAUCAUACCCACAGCGAUGAAGAGAUCAUGAAGUACAUGCUUCAUAAUAUCCGAGCCCGGCGAGCCAUCGUGAGUGCAUCGGCACAGCAUAACCUAGGAAUAAGUUGUAUCUCGGUCCCGGUUAAGAUUAGAUAUAAAAACACGGCUACAGUCUUGUCCCGCGCCGAGGCCGAUGUGAGCAAGUGGCUCGAAUUAGUCUGUGGUGGGACCGUUACUCUUGACCGGGAGGUGAUUUUUGGCCGGUAA